CUGAACUCGAACCAUCCAGACGUGUGUUUCCAAUAGGUUAUGGGCCCAGACCCAACGCAGUAAAACAAAAUGGCUACUAGUUCUGCAAAUAAUUUACCGUCGAUUGAAAGGCUUGUUGGUCGCGAAAAUUGGCCAACGUGGAAGUUUGCUGUAGAAACUUUCCUUGAGCUGGAGGACCUGUGGCAGGCGGUAAAACUGGAAGAUGAGACGAAAGUGGACAAGCAGAAGUGCCGGAAAGCGAGAGCAAAAAUUAUUUUACUGUUGGACCCGAUCAAUUACGUCCAUGUUAAAGAUGCGGAAACUGCGCGGGACGUGUGGAAGAAGCUGGAAGCAGCGUUCGAGGAUACGGGACUAACGCGUCGUGUAGGACUUCUAAGGAAAUUCGUCAACACAACGUUAGCAUCGUGUGCGUCUAUGGAAAGUUUCGUGAACGACAUAGUGGGUACAGCACACCAGUUGCGUGGUAUUGGUUUCGACAUCAGUGAAGAGUGGAUCGGCACGUUACUUCUCGCCGGGUUACCUGAUGAGUACAAGCCGAUGAUCAUGGCGCUAGAAAAUUCUGGAACGGCGAUAACUUGCGAUAUCAUAAAAGCUAAGUAGCUGCAGGAAUACAAAUCGAGUGCGUCAUCUGAAAAGGCGGUCUUUCUUGGAACGACGAAGCAUCAAUGGCAGCCGAGAAAUCAACAAGGUGCACCAUCGAAGCAGACAAAGGGACCGAAGUGCAGGCGUUGUGGUAAGUUCGGCCAUAUUUCCCGAAACUGUACAGUGAAUGCGUCUUCGUUAAGCAUGGUGCUGGGAACAGUGGGAACAAUGAGUGGUGCGAAUAACGAUACGUGGUAGGGGAAAGCGGGGCAAAAUGGGCAUGUUAAGCAGUUUACUGAAUAUUCCUUUGAA